AUGGCCGCGCCAGUGACGCUACCUUCCAUCCAGGAUCCCCACGGAUCCUAUGGCCAGCCCGCAUACCCAAGGUCAUACCCUCCCGACCCCCGAGGAGAUCCGCGCGCCGACCCUCGCGGCAGCAACUACAGCGCAUCACCCAAUUCCGUGAACGGCUACCCGCCUCCGCAACCAGGCGGUCAUCCCCCUCAACUGCCGCCGCUGCAGCCCCCAGGAGACCCAAGGUCUCCCUCCUAUCCUCCUGCACCAGACGCGAGGGACGACUACUACAGAAGUCGCCAGCCGCCUCCUCCGCCGCCGCAGUAUGGCGGCGACCCCUACUACCAAGACUACCACAACCGCCAAGGCCCGCCUCCUCCAGGUCGCUAUCCUGACUACCCUCCUCCCGGCCCGGGUGGGCCACGGUACGAUUAUCCGCCAGGCGCGCCCCGGUACGACUACGGCCCGGGAGGACCUGCUAUGCAGCAAGCUGCGCCUCGGCAGCGCACAUCUAUUGCUUGCAGGUACUGCAGGAAGAGAAAAAUUCGUUGCAGCGGUUAUCAGAGCGCUCCGGGCGGCAAAUGCGUCAACUGCAGCAGGAUGAACCAGGAAUGUAUUUUUCAGCCUGUCUCUUCGUCCAGCUCGACAGCCUUUGUUCCCGUAUCCGCGAUCCAAGGUGGCGUUCCGCCGGGCACGCCGCUCUAUGGAGCCUACGGACAACCUUUGCCCCCGGGCUCAUUACCUCCGGGCUCAUUGCCUCCGCCACCCGCUCAGGGUUACCCCCCUCAACCCGGCAACGGGUACUAUCAACAGCCCCUGCCGUCCCCGACGGGUGGCUAUUCCCCGUACGAUGCGCAACGUGCGGGAAGGCGGCGACCGAGAGACGACGAUGUGGACGAACUGAGACCCCCACCACCUGACCCGAACUCCUCAGAGGAUCCUCGACGUCGCUCGCCAGCAUCGAGUUCGAACCACAGCAGUCCAGGUGGUUAUAUGACCUACCCACCUGCUGGGCCCGGUGGCUACGACGCCAGAGGACCCCCGCCAAGACACAGCCCCGGACAGCCGGCAGCCGCGAUUCCGCCGCAAACCGUGGAUGAGCGAGCCGCAGCCGCAACGCAGCGGCAAAGCAACUCGUCGACUCCUGCAGCCUCAUCCAGUUCUGUCAUGAGCCUGAACAACUUGGUCGACACGAACCCCAACGACAUAGAUAGGAACAUGCUUGGAAGGCUAAACCGAGGUCCCCCGGGAAGCCAGAGGAAAUAA